UGGGGUUUCGUAAUAACGCCCCGUUGUUCGCCAUUUUGAGGUAGUCGAGCGGAGCCAAGUCAGAAGCAAGAAGUAGGAGAGUCCUUUGAACCAUUUCAACUUAACCACAGACGUUUUUAGGCCAAGCCGAGAUCAUGAGCGGCAGUCGGGUCUUCAUCGGCCGCCUGAGCCCACACGCCAGAGAGAGGGACGUGGAGAAGUUCUUCAAGGGCUUCGGACGGAUCCGCGAAAUCAACUUGAAGAAUGGAUUUGGUUUUGUGGAGUUUGACGAUCAUAGGGAUGCAGAUGAUGCCGUGUAUGAACUCAACGGCAAAGAACUGUGUAGUGAGAGGGUCACCAUAGAGCACGCUCGCUCCAGGAGAGGAAGGGGGGUUGUCAGUGGUGGCAGCAGCAGCUCCAGCUCCAGAAUGGGAGGCUUUAGUGGUUAUCGGCAAUCGCGCAGUAGUGGCUCCAGGUAUGGACCUCCAGUGCGCACAGAUCACCGGUUGAUAGUGGAGAACCUGUCGUCACGCAUCAGCUGGCAGGACCUCAAAGACCUGAUGAGAAAAGCCGGAGAGGUGACCUUUGUUGACGCACACAGACCCAACAAAAACGAAGGGGUUGUUGAGUUUGCAUCCCGCAGCGAUAUGAAGAACGCCAUCUCCAAGCUGGACGGCACAGAGCUGAACGGACGCAAGAUCAAAAUCUUUGAGGACAGUCGCAACCACAGCCGGAGCCGUUCUCGCUCCCGUUCCCGUAGCCGCAGCUACUCGCGCAGCCGCUCCAGGAGUCGCAACCGCUCCAGGAGCCGCAGCCGCUCACGCACGCCCAGCCGCACUCCAGAAAAGAAGACGUCGGGCGGCGGCCCCAAAGCCGGGGACCGCUCCCCCUCCCGUUCCAAGUCCCGGUCCAAAUCCCGUUCCAAGUCACGCUCCAAGUCUCGCUCAAAGUCCCGUUCUCGAUCCCCCCGGUCCCGCUCCCGUUCGCCGCCCCCGGCCCAGAACAACCAGUCGCGGUCCCGCUCCAGGUCCCGUUCGCGGUCCCGCUCGGCCUCCGCUGAGAGCAAACACUGAGAGGCCAAACGUGUACAUGAUUGUCCUUGUGAAAUUCUGUGAAGGUUUGGCUCCUUUAUCCUUAUUUUUGUCAUUUUUAGUUUGGAUGUGCUUCCACAAGAAAUCCCUAUUUUUUUGUUUUAUUUUUUGUUUCUAAUGUGCUUGAAUUAAGCCGUAUUCGGUAAUGUUUGCAUCAGGGCCUGAGUGAGCGUAUUUAUUUCGGUGCAGGCGCCAUCCUUUGAGAUGAGGCUGUUGCCUUCACUGCUGUCACCUUCCAACAAGUUGAAUUUCGUUGCACUGUCAGUAUGUAAUUGCACGGAAAUUCUAAUCAGCCAUUUCGCUCAUUCGAAAUAAAGCUCACUCACUUUCUUGUGAUGGCAAAACAAGCGACUUAAACUGAUUUGUUUUGUGAUUGCGUCACAUCUGUCGUCUGAUUAAUAAACUUUUCACAAACUGCUUUA